GCCAGGUGCUUCUCCUGGUCUCCCAUGGGGUGCAGGGCCCAAGCACUUGGGCCAUCCUCCACUGCACUCCCAGGCCAUAGCAGAGAGCUGGCCUGGAAGAGGGGCAACCGGGACAGAAUCCGGUGCCCCGACCGGGACUAGAACCCGGUGUGCCGGCGCCACUAGGUGGAGGAUUAGCCUGUUGAGCUGGGGCGCCGGCCGACUUGGGCCAUUUUCUACUGCUUUCCCAGGCCAUAGCAGAGAACUAGAUUGGAAGUGGAGCAGCUGGGACUCAAACUGGCGCCUAUAUGGGAUGCCGGUGCUGCAACCUGGGUCUUUAACCCACUGUGCCACAGCCAAAUGCUCCCCAUCCCCAACUCAUUUUAAAAUAUGCUUUCACAGAAAAUUGAAACAAAAAAUGCACAGAGAGGUCUGGUUGCUUCUUCACCUAGUUUACCCUAGUGGUAACAUUUUGUAUAACUGUAGUGUAGUAUCACUUAAAAAAAGAUUUAUUUAUGUAUUUGAAAGUCAGAGUUAAACAGAGCAAGAAAGAGAGAAGGAGAGAGAGGUCUUCCAUCCAAUGGUUCACUCCCCAGAUGACCACAACGGCCAGGGUUGGGCCAGAUAGAAGACGUAAGUCAGGAGUUUCUUCUGGGUCUUCCACAAGGGUGCAGGGGCCCAAGCACUUGGGCUAUCCUCUGCCUUCCCAGGCAUAUUAGCAGGGACCUGUACUAGAAGUAGAGCAGCUGGGUCUUGAAUUGGCACCUAUAUGGGAUGCCAGCCUCGCAGGCAGUGGUUUUAUGUGCUAAGCUACAACAUGGGCCCCAUAGGAUCACUUUUCAAUAAUCAAUUUUCAUUCAGCAGCAAUUGACUGAGUAGCUAUUAUAUGCUUAUUCUUGGGGUUACUAAAGAUUAAACUCUUACUUUAUACACUUCUGUGCUCUCUGGAUUCUCAUCCUAAUUAUCUACAAAAAAAUUGUUUGAAUUUUUGCUGUCAUUGUUGAAAGAACCUGUUCUUUAAAAGUUAAACAUCAUUAUUUCUCACAUUCAUACUUGCUUUGGUUUAGAACAUUUUUUCCAUUGUGGCCCCAUUUUUCAUUUAUAAUCUUUACAAGCACCAGAACCAUGUUGCCUGCAUUGAGGUAUUUUAGUCACGUGCCAGUUUUGCAGUGCUACCAAGUCUGGAUCUGAAAAGCCAGCGUGUGUGAAUCACUGACAUACAUUUCUGUUUAUAUUCAACAAAUUUAUUUUCACCUUUAUAUUUUUUAACCAAUUAUUUGUUUAAAGCAGAUUUUUUAUAAUACAAUUUAAGAAGGAAUUUGUCAUGUGAGAUUUAAAAUUGGGUUAAAAACAGAAGCUAUUAAACAAUAGCAAAAAACAGAUAAUAUGUAGGGCUCUAAAUGAUAAUUGCUAAACAAUCGAAUGUUCUCAAAAACGUGAGUCUCUGUUGUUUUUGCACUAGGGACUUGCACAGAUAGGUUUUGCACAAUAUCCUUGCUGUUCAUUGUCAGCCAUAAACAAAUUACACGUAUUUAACAAGUUAAUGUUAGAUUGGCCAGGAGCCACUGGGAGGUGUGUACUUAGUGACAUCAGCUGGCAAAGAACCCUGGUAACAGGGAGCAUUGGAAGGAUAGUAGAGAGAGAGGAAACAGGAGGGAGGGCGCAAAAGACUCACUGUAUCUGGGGAUUCUGGCAAGGUGAAGAGCUGGUCUGUUUAGCAGGACCUUCCCAUCUGGGAUCCAUCUGUGUUUCCCUGGAAUGGGACAGGCAGCUCUAGUCAGUGAGAAAUCGCAGAUGUGAGAGAGCUGACACAUGUCCAGCUAAUGAAAGCAGGAGGAAGGCUGGUCUUGGAUUGGGCUUUGAAGAUCAGGAGGAGGAAUAGAGGAGCUUUUUAACAUCUAUUUUAAAUAAAUUUGGUGUAAUAAGAAUCUGGACUCUCAUAAUCUGGCCAUUCCAGUUGGUCCUGAGAAAAGGGUGCCAGCAAUGCCUGGGUCGCCUGUGGAAGUGAAGAUACAGUCAAGAUCCUCACCUCCUGCCAUGCCACCCCUCCCACCGGUCAAUCCUGGAGGACCGCGGCCGAUGUCCUUUACUCCUACAGCAUUAAGCAAUGGAAUCAACCAUUCUCCUCCAACCCUGAAUGGUGCCCCGUCACCACCACAGAGAUACAGCAAUGGUCCCGCUUCUUCCACAUCAUCUGCCCUGACUAAUCAACAGUUGCCAGCCACUUGUGGUGCUCGGCAGCUCAGCAAGCUCAAACGCUUUCUUACCACCCUGCAACAGUUUGGGAAUGAUAUCUCCCCAGAGAUUGGGGAGAAGGUGCGGACUCUUGUUCUAGCACUAGUGAACUCAACAGUGACAAUUGAAGAAUUCCAUUGUAAGCUCCAAGAGGCCACAAACUUUCCUCUUCGUCCUUUUGUGAUUCCAUUUCUCAAGGCCAACCUGCCCCUGCUGCAGCGGGAACUGCUACACUGCGCCCGGGCCGCCAAGCAGACCCCGUCCCAGUACCUGGCUCAGCAUGAACACCUUCUGCUCAACACCAGUAUCGCAUCCCCGGCAGACUCCUCUGAGCUGCUCAUGGAGGUGCAUGGAAACGGGAAGAGACCCAGUCCAGAGAGGAGGGAAGAGAACAACUUUGAAAGAGAUCCAAUUCCUCCUGAGCCUCCUGCCAAGAGAGUGUGUACCAUCAGUCCUGCUCCCCGGCACAGUCCUGCCCUCUCUGUGCCACUUAUGAACCCUGGGGGCCAGUUCCAUCCGACUCCUCCUCCUCUGCAACACUACACCUUAGAGGAUAUUGCAACUUCACACCUGUACCGAGAACCCAGUAAGAUGCUGGAGCAUCGAGAAGUUCGUGAACGGCACCACAAUCUUAGUCUAAAUGGAGGCUAUCAAGAUGAAUUGGUGGAUCACCGCCUGACAGAAAGGGAAUGGGCUGAUGAAUGGAAGCACCUUGACCACGCACUGAAUUGCAUUAUGGAAAUGGUAGAGAAAACAAGGCGCUCCAUGGCGGUUCUGCGGCGCUGUCAGGAAUCUGACCGUGAAGAACUCAACUACUGGAAAAGACGGUACAAUGAAAACACAGAGAUGAGGAAAACGGGCACAGAAUUGGUCUCCAGGCAGCACAGCCCUGGGAGCACAGAUUCUCUCAACAAUGAUUCUCAGCGGGAAUUCAGCAGCAGGCCGGGAACAGGUUACGUACCGGUGGAGUUUUGGAAAAAAACGGAAGAAGCUGUGAAUAAGGUGAAGAUUCAGGCCAUGUCAGAAGUACAAAAGGCUGUCGCCGAGGCUGAGCAAAAAGCCUUUGAAGUGAUUGCCACGGAGAGAGCCCGAAUGGAGCAAACCAUAGCGGAUGUCAAGCGGCAGGCUGCGGAGGAUGCGUUCCUGGUCAUCAAUGAGCAGGAAGAGUCCACCGAGAACUGCUGGAACUGCGGCCGCAAAGCCAGCGAGACGUGCAGCGGCUGCAACAUCGCGCGGUACUGUGGCUCUUUCUGCCAGCACAAGGACUGGGAGCGGCACCACCGCCUCUGCGGCCAGAGCCUGCACAGCCAGAGCCCCCACAGCCAGAGCCGGCAGCUGCUGCCCGGGGCCCGGGGCUCCUCGGCCCGCUCUGCUGACUGCAGCGUGCCCAGCCCGGCCCUGGACAAGACCUCGGCAACCACCUCGCGCUCCUCGACACCUGCCUCCGUGACAGCCAUUGACAGCAAUGGGCUCUGAGCCCCAGAGCCCGCCUGCCUGGUGGCCCUUGCGCCAGGCGUGGAGCUGUGGGGUCACCAGCAGGAGAAGAUGAGGGAACAGGAACAAGUCCAAGCGUGGGGCAAGCACUCCCCACCCCUUGGGACUUGAUGGGACGAGCGUGCCGUUGUAGCUGCACACAGGCAGCUGGCCCAAGCUGGCCUACACCUCCGUGGAUUCCCCGAUUCGUUCCUCCCCUGCCUGAAGUUGGCAUAGCCAGCAUGCCGUGUGGGCCACCAGCUCCCCCGCUCCUGAGUCUCAGACUGUCGGACGUGCUGGCCCAGCUGAGCUGGCGCAGCAGGCACGGAGGCGGCCCCUCGCCUCCCUUUCCACUGUUUGCAGGUGACACAGGUUGGCCUUCUGGGACCUGAGUAGGCAAAACAUGGCCCUCGGGACGCCCUCCUCUGCCCUGCUUUGCAGACUUGACCGGAAACUCAGAUGACAGGAAAGAAGUCACCAUUUCAAUAAUGACACCCAAAUAAAGAAUGAGUACCUUUUCCCCAAGCACCACAGAUGAUUCUGGACAAGAGUUUGCCACCUGACUGGCCACUUUACCUUGGGACCUAUUUUUUUCUCUCAGUUAAUUUUGCUUGUGCCAAGUGCUGUUUCCAGUGCGUGAACCAGGCUCCGCGAGGAGACGCCUGCAGGAGCCUGCUGUCUCCGAGCAUGUCGGCCACUAGCAUCGCCAGAUUCCCAAGCCCAUCACCUUGGAAAUUCAGAUCCUCCCCCUCCGCCUGUCCUCUCGAUCCGCUUCUCUUUACCUCCCAGACCUCGGGCAUCGCCUGCCCUGGGGCCCUGCUUUGGUGGUCCUGCUGGACGAACUGCGGUGUCUGUAGGAUGUGCCACACCCAGUCUCAUCUACAUGGCCCUACCGCACCUGAAAGAUUCCUUCAGGCCUCACAUUUCCGUGUCAUUAGACCUACUGCAAUGGCUUAUUACCAGGCAAGCAGUCUCAGCUUCCUUCUCUUACGUUACCUGUUGGGUUCCUCCCCUCUUUGAACUCAGAAAGGUUUUGUGAAACACGAGAGCCAUUACUGGAAAGCCUGAUCAGUUCUUCUUCCUGUCUUCAAGGAGUGUCCCAGCUGCUUACCUGGCUGUCUGACAAACAGGAUGCCUCCUAUCUGUUCCCCUUCAGAGUCUCAGGGCCCAGAGCCCAAGGGCCCAGCACCCCUCUGCCCCGCGAGCCGCCAGCUCCGCACUCAUGGUGACUUCUCAACAAGGAUUUUCAGUCUUAGAAAGAAACUUGGAACAAGAACCUUCAGAAUACCUAGGUUUCAAAAUUUCAUUGCAUAUAAAGUAAGCUAUCCCCAGAGAGAGAACAGCAAAAUAACAGUGUGUUCCUUCGCAGCGGGGCACGUGGACUCCGGGUGAACUCCAGCAGUUGAUGAGGCAGCCUGACGAACAGGGCGGAGUCAGCCCCGCAGUGGGGCCCACCCACGUUGCCCUAAGACGCGGGGUGUCUCCCAGACAUCUUGUGGAGCCCCGCGUUGGUACAGUGAGAGGGUGGCUUACAGGGGCUCUGCUCUCAGCCUAGACUUAACCUACGCAGGUUUUCCGUCUUGAGUAGCCACAAGACAGCCGGGGGAGCUCAGGCUUUAAUGGAUGGAAUAAAGCGCCAGACACAACCCAGCAGUCGGUACCAGAGCCCAAGGUCAGCUUCUGCAGCUGCGGUCUGCGUGCAGCGUGCAGGUCUGGCGCUUGCCUGGGCAGCCAUUCCAGCACGGUUUCGUGCCAGUCUACACAGCAGGGUGCUGGUCCGCACCAUGAUUCUGCUCUCAGAGCCUUUGCUGGGUUGAUUCUGCCAGAGUUCACAUAGACAUCACAGGCCGUCUGUCCAAGACUUCCUCUUCUGAUUUAAGAAUCCUUUCCCCCGUUAGCUAGGGGGUCAAGAGGGAGUCCAGGUUCCCUGCUCGAUAUUUGGUUCCUGCUGACGCCACCCUAGGUUCCGGGUUGGAAAUGGACACUCGGGCUCCCCCUCUGCCCCGAGGCCCAGCCUCUCCAGUUAGUGUUUGGUGGACAGGAAAGGCAAAGGCUGCCUCGUGGUCCAGGGAGUGUCAGGUCAGUCGCAGGCUUCCUGACGUUGGUCUGGAACCCAAAAGCAAACCUGACUGCCCGCCUGCUGCCAUGUCUGCACACGAUGCUGGGCUCACCGCCGCCUGCCGGGACCCUCCAGUCUUCUCCCAAGUGAGGGGUGACGGCAGGAAUCAAAGGUGGCCAACGCGGGAGCUGUCUUCGCUCGUCCUCUGUUUUCCUGCGUGCCUGCACCUGCUCCCCAACAGUGGCCCCAGCUCUGCGGCCGACGCUCCAGCAGAUGGUCAGGUGAUGCACAGGGUGGGGUGGGGGUCUGUUCUUGGACCAUUCCGAGCCAAGCUGUCGCUGUCCCCCAGGCUGUAGGUCCAGAAACAGGACACAUCCACCCAGCACAGGCCCGCGCCGCCCUGCACAGGUGGACGUCUUUGCCCAUCUGGGCCAGAUGCUUACAAACAGACUGUGUACGUUUUGUCCCACGCUGUCCCAGCAUUGACGUGGCCCCCAGUAGCUCUGUGAGGCGUCAGCAGCAGCCGCUCUGGCAUCGUGCGGCGGUGGCGAGUGUUUCAGAACGAACGCCGGGAAAAUGGCCAGUUGGCCACUUGUCCUGGAGUCCGCGGAAAGGAUUAUGGGUUGGAGAAACCAUUGAAAAUAGGACACCUCUCAGAGGCUUUCUUCAGAACUGGAGUAGAACCAAGGUUCCCAGCUGGGCUCCGGGUCAGUAACCACCGCCAACUUUCUUCGAUGAUUUUUAGCUGUUUGCAGAGAACCAGGUGGUGGCAUGCUUGAACCAAAUGUGAGGAAAGCCAGAAGGACCUGGGCUAUUCUGACAAGGGCCAGAUGGCGGCUGGCAGGAAGGAGAGCUGCCCGCCUUGGCCUGGGGCCUGGCCGAGCUGCUCAGGGGGGGCCUUCCACCCCUGGGUGUCUGUCCUCGAGAAACCAAAACGUCCCCUCCUGCCUCUGCCCACACGCGUGGACGUGCGCAUUUCCAAAGACACCAGUGCAGUGACCUUUCCAUCUCGGCCGGGGGUGGGGGUGGGGAGGCCCGAGGGCGGGCCUCGUGUCCCCCGCGUCGUCGUCCUUGGCUCCUGCACACCCCAUCUGGUCAGGCCUACGGCUGCCCAGUGGAUACUCGCUGAUGCUUAUACCAAAUAGGGCAUGUGUGGCUGGUGUCUGCUAGGGACAGCCCUGUCCCUGCCUUGGAGUUGGCAGACAAGCAGCUGGCAGAGCUGCUUGGCUAAGAGGCGUCCGGUCCACUUCCCGGGCUUUCCGGCUGCCCUGAAGAAAGCCUACAAUGGACCUAGAGGGAGGCCUCCACGCGGUCUGCGAAGUGGCGGGGGGUGUCCAGCCCUGCAGGACGCGGCCGUCUGGGUUUUCUGUGCUUUGUCAUUUUACUCUGAUAGAACUUUCGUUACUCAGCUCUCUGCAUAACUUAUUUAAUGUACUGUAUAAACGAACCAAAACUGUUAAAUAUGUAUUUAGUUUGUUCUACUUAAAGUAGUCAAUAAAAGGCUAUAUUCCU